UUGCUGCUCUCGGGCGUGCCGGGGCGGGACCGAAGUGACGGAACUGUCAAGGCUCAGGAGUCGUUGUCCCCACGGCGGAGAGGCGGGUCCGCGGCUCGGCGACGACGCCGCCCGAGUUGUCCCGCGGCGGGGGUCUGCUCCUCUUUCGCCGCUCUGGGCCCCGCUCCGCCCACAGAGUCCGAUGGCGGCGGCCGCGCGCAGGGACCCGGCUCAGGAUAGUGUGUCCUUUGAGGAUGUUGCUGUGUACUUCUCCUGGGAGGAGUGGAGGCUCCUUGAUGAGGCUCAGAGAUGCCUGUACCACGCUGUGAUGCUGGAGAACUUUGCACUUAUAUCCUCACUGGGUUGCUGCUGUGGAGCAGAGGAUGCGGAGGCACCCCUUGAACAGAGCGUUUCUGUAGGUGUGUCACAGGCCAGCACGCCCAAGGCAGCUCUGUCUUCCCGGGAGACCCACCCCUGUGAGAUGUGUGGUCCGGUCUUGAGAGACAUUUUCCACUUGGCUGAGCACCAGGGAAAGCCAAGCAGCCAGAAACUGUUGAGGUGUGGGGCAUGCGCAAAACGAUUUUAUUUCAGCGUAAACUUUCAGCAGCAGCCAGAGCAGCACACGGGAGUGAAACCAUUCAGAAGCAGUGUGGACAGGACCUCUUUUGUGAAGAGCUGUGGAUUCCAUGAUUCAGGAAAGCCCUUUACCUGUGGAGAGAUUGAGAAAGACUUCCUGCCUGGCUCGGGGCAUCUGCAACAAGGGGCCAUUCAUACUGGAGAAAAGCUAAACACAAUCAGCCAGUGCAGGGCAACUAUACAGGGCAGAAAAAGUCAUUACACCUGGGGAGAAUGCAAGAAAGCCUUCGGUCCCAAACACACGCUUUCUCAGGACCAGUGUUUUGUGUGCAGCGAAUGUGGGAAAACAUUCAGGUACAAAUCUUCAUUUGUUAUCCACCAGAGAUUGCAUACUGGAAAAAGGCAUCACGAGUUUGAUGAAUGUGGAAAAUCCCUUCGGCAAAGCUCAACCCUCAGUCAACAUGGAAAGACUCACUCUGGAUCCAGGCAAUACAAGUGCAGCAAAUGUGGGAAAUCUUUAAGCCACAAAUCCGUUCUCAUUCAUCCCCAGCGAUGGCACGGUGGAGAAAACAGUUAUAUGUGUGGUGAAUGUGCAAAAUCUUUUAGUCAGAGCUCAGUGUUGAUUCCAUGUAGAGUUCAAACUGGAGAAAGGCCUUAUAAGUGUGGUGACUGUGCAAAAUCUUUUACCUCUAUCUCUGCCCUAAGUUAUCAUCAGAGAUCUCACACAGGGGAAAGGCCCUAUGAGUGCAGUGAAUGUGGGAAGUCUUUUAUCUCUAGGUCUGACCUCCGUUAUCAUCAGAGAGUUCAUUCUGGAGAAAGGCCUUAUGAAUGCAGUGAAUGUGGGAAAUCCUUUAUCACUCGUACUGCUCUCCGUUAUCAUCACAGGGUUCACACUGGGGAGAGGCCUUAUGAGUGCAGUGAAUGUGGCAAGUCCUUUACCCGAAGAAAUAACCUCAUUAUACACCUACGAGUUCACUCAGGUGAAAGACCUUAUGAGUGUAGUGAAUGUGGGAAAUCUUUUACCUUUAGUUCCAGCCUGCGUUAUCACCACAGAGUUCACACUGGAGAAAGACCUUAUGAGUGUAGUGAAUGUGGGAAAUCUUUUAACAAUAGGUGGACACUCAUUCGACACCGGAGAAUUCACACAGGAGAAAAGCCGUAUGUGUGCAAUAAAUGUGGGAAAUCUUUUACCUGUAGCUCCACCCUCCAGUAUCAUCAUCGAGGUCACCUUGGAGAGAGGCCUUAUGAGUGCAGUGAAUGUGGGAGAUCUUUUACUACUAGCUCUGCCCUCCGUUAUCACCAGAGAGUUCACACUGGAGAAAGGCCUUAUGAGUGUAACGAAUGUGGGAAAUCUUUUAUUUCUAGAUCUGACCUCCAUUAUCAUCAUAGAGUUCAUUCUGGAGAAAGGCCUUACGAGUGUAGUGAAUGUGGGAAAUCCUUUAUCCGAAGAAAUAACCUUAUUUUACAUCAGAGAGUUCACACAGGAGAAAGGCCUUACAAGUGUAGUGAAUGUGGGAAAUCUUUUAAUAAUAGGUGGACCCUGAUUCAACACCAGAGAGUUCACACAGGAGAAAAACCGUAUGUGUGCAAUGAAUGUGGGAAAUCUUUUACCUGUAGCUCCACACUUUGUUACCAUCAAAGAGUUCAUGAAGGUAAAAGGCCAUAUGAGUGCAGUGAAUGUGGGAAAUCUUUUACCUCCAGUUCUACCCUCCGUUACCAUCAGAGAGUUCACACAGGAGAGAGGCCUUACAAGUGCAGUGAAUGUGGGAAAUCUUUUACCUUUAGUGCCAGCCUUCGUUAUCAUCACAGAGUGCACAGUGGAGAAAGACCUUAUGAGUGCAGUGAAUGUGGGAAAUCCUUUAAGGAUAGAUCACAAUUCAAUAAACACCGGAGAACUCACACAGGAGAAAGGCCUUAUGAGUGCAGUGAAUGUGGGAAGAGUUUUAGCCAAAAAUCUUCCCUGUCAAUACACCAGAGAAUUCAUAAUAGUGAACGGUCUUAUGAGUGUAGUGCUUGUGGGAAAUCCUUUACAUCUAUCUCUGGCCUUGGUUAUCAUCAUAGAGUUCAUAGAGGAGAAAAGCCUUAUCAGUGCAGUGAAUGUGGGAAAUCUUUUACCAACAGCUCCAUACUGAUUCGACACCAGAGAGUUCACACAGGAGAAAGACCUUAUGUGUGCAGUGAAUGUGGGAAGUCUUUUACCAGUAGCGCUACCCUCUCUUACCAUCAGAGAGUUCAUGCAGGGAAAAGGCCUUACGAAUGCAGUGAAUGUGGGAAGUCUUUUACUUCCAGUUCCACUCUUCGUUAUCAUCAGAGAGUUCAUGCAGGAGACAGGCCUUAUGGGUGUAGUGAAUGUGGGAAAUCUUUUAUCUCUAGCUCCAAGCUACGUUAUCAUCAGAGAGUUCACACUGGAGAAAGGCCUUAUGAGUGCAGCGAAUGUGGAAAAUCCUUCAGGGAUAGUUCCCAAUUCAGUCAACACCGGAGAGGUCACACUGGAGAAAGGCCUUAUGAGUGCAGUGAAUGUGGGAAAUUUUUUACACGAAAAUCUACACUCUCUCAACAUCAGAGAGUUCACACUAGAGAAAGGCCUUAGGUGUGCGGGGAAUGUUCAAUUUCCUAUCCACUGUAACAACUCUGGAGGGAGCUUUGAGGAGUCCUCUAUCUGGACUGAAUCUCAGACAUCUAAACAUGCUCAGUGGGGAGAUCCCUUGUAAGUUUCAUUGAAAUGGUAAGCUUGUGUAAAUAUGUUGCACUUUCCAUACUGUUCAGGGCUGUUUCCAGAUUUAGGUCACAGCUAGAUCUUGUGCCCAAAGCCUGUUCUCCUCUACUGCCUGGCAGGUCCCCAAGGUGUGCAUUAGUUCACCACCACAGUGUGUUCAGGGAGUCUGACCUUUGUUCUCUCAUGAAUUGGAGCAAAUUAGGAGUAACCUGAGCCCUUAGGGGUCAGCUUCCCCAUCUCCUUGACUACCUUCAGCCUGAACCUGAAUCAUUGAUGACCCAGAGAAUAUGAGUUUGGCUGGCAGCUUGCAGAGAAUAACUACCUUUUUCAGGGACAUGAUGGUCUCCUGUGAUACUUGUGAGAUGUUUUUCCAGUUUCCAAGUCACAAACUUGAGAGUGGUCUGCUGCACAUUGCUUUGGCUUAAACAAUAAUCAAGGCCCUUUUUUUUUUUUUAAUGUUUAUUUUUUAGAGCGAGCACACACGAGUGGGAGAGGGCCAAGAGAGACAGAAUCUGGAGCAGGUUCCAGGCUCUGAGCUGUCAGCACA